UCAACCGAUUCGAAUUUUUGUCAGUGAUUUUUGUUGAUUGAUUGAAUGUUUGCUCUGUAUUGUGAUGUGUUUAGCACAGUUUAGCAUCGCAAAAGACGACUUUUUGAAUAAGUUAAUAAUAAUUGUGGAUUCGCGACAAUGGAUGAUAACAAACCUGUAUUAAUUACUAAAAAACCUUUGAAACCGGAAUUUGAAAAACUCAAAGAAAUUGUACUAACCUGUAACAACUUUACACUAGGCCGUGGAUUGAAUAACUCAGCUGUCGUGCCCUUUAUAUCAAUAUCUCGAAAUCACUGCAUUUUUAAAAAAGAAGAUACAGACUGGUUAAUUGAAGAUAAUAGUUCAUUCGGCAUCACAAUAAAUGGAAACAAGUUGGGCAAAGGCAAGCAAUCAAAACUUAACCAUGAAGAUAUUAUUGUUUUGGAGCCUUCUGAGGAAUUUGUGUACCAGUUUGUUAAUCAAUCAGAUAUAUUUGAAAUACCGAGAAAACGGAUAAAAUUAGAAAAGCCUGAUGGUGAAGACAUAAUAAAUGAUGUGAAAUUUACAUUUGAACAAUCUCAAAGUUAUGAAAUUAAACAUAUCGAAAACAAAAUUCAAAAUGCAAAAAGUAUGCAAGAAACAUCCAGAAUAUUGAAGGAACAGCUGGAAUUGGUUAUGGAGAGGAGAAUUAAACAGCUGGACGAUAACUAUGCUGGUCAAAUUGAAAACUUAAUAGGUGAAAAAACUGAUGUAGAAAAUCAGAAGAAAAUAUUAAUAGCGGAAAAAAAUGUCCAAAUUGCGUCUAUAAAAGAAGAAAUGGAAGGAAAGAUUGCAGAAUUACAGGAUCAAAUUCAAAAGCAUAAUGAAACAGAAUCUGAGCUACUUCAAGAGAAUAACAACCUUAAAGAAAAGCUUCUAAAGGAACGAGAGGAGUUCCUAUCGGAACUCAACAGAGAGAGUUCAUCGAAGCAAGAAAUGUUGGACAAACUGAAAGCCAAGAUGAAAGAACAGGAAGAGAUCAGGCUAAAGGAAAAGGAUGAAUUGGAACUAAUGCUCAAAAAUGAAGUAGAACAAAUAAAAUUAGCCAAAGAGAAGGAAUUAAAAGAACUUGAAGAGUUGAAACAAAAAAGAGAGAAAGAAUUAGAACAAGAGCUAGCAGACAUCCGGAAAAACUUGGAACUGAAAGUGCAGCAAGCUGAGGAGAAUAGACAGAAGGCUGAACAAAUGCUCAGCGAGCAAGUGGAACAGAGGAAGAAACUCACAGAUGAAGAGAAAGUCAAGAGAGAACAACUGAUGCAAGAGAGGGAAGAAAUCCAAAAAAAAUUAACAGAAGCAGAAUGUAGUGCUGAAAAAUCAAUUGAGGAACUGAAGGCUCGCGUUCAAGAAAGGGAGACAGAAUUAGCAGCAUUGGCUGCUGAUAGAAUUCAGAAACAAGCAGACCAGUCCAGCGAAGUGAUCAGUUCAUUACAAGAACAACUAGAAAAAGUGAAAAGCCAGUUGGAAUCAGUAGAAAGCGAAAAGAAGAAUCUGCUAGAGAGUCUGGGGACGUCAGAGUCAGCAGGGGCUAGUUCCACGAAGCACAGCACAUUGGCAGAGGUGGGGGAGCUGAUGGAAAGCGAAUUACAGUGCAGCAUCUGCGCAGAACUGUUCGUGGCAGCCACCACACUCAGCUGCUCACACACCUUCUGCAAAUACUGCAUCACCAUGUGGAAGAAGAAAAAGAAAGACUGCCCUAUCUGCAGGACAAAUAUAACUUCUGAAUGCAAAAGCUUAGUUUUAGAUUCGUUUAUUGAAAAAAUGGUACAAAAUUUAACAGAAGAAAUGAAAACAAAAAGACAGGAAAUGCUUAAAUCAAGAGAAGAACUCGAGUCCGCACUAGCACGACAGCAGAGCGUGAGGACCAGUCGCGGAAGUUUUGGCUUUGACGAAUCCGACUACGACAGCGCCUCCGAGUACGAGGAGGGGGAGGAGGAGGAAUACUACGAGGACUACAGUGACACGUAUCACGCCAUCUGGUCCGAUACAGACAGUGGAUCUGACGGCGAUGGCGAUGGCGAUGAUUCCGAUGAACGCGCCGGAGAGGCCGCCGGUGGUGCGCCUGGCGCCGAGCGCGCUGGCGCCGGUGCCGGGGGCCACCGUGCGCCUGCCGCCGAGCUCGCUCACGCCGCUGCCGGGGGCCACGCGCGGCCCGGCGCGCCUCUACCAGAUAGUGCAGAGCGGAGGGCGGGCCGUAAUGGUGGUGGUGGGGGAAUCCCCGGGGCCUACUACGGCGGCUACGGACGCUGCUACCGCUGCGGCGCGCGCGGCCACUGGGCGCCCGGCUGCCCUUACUGAUAAUCCGCCUCUGUAGUCAGAGCCACGUGACCGACUAAUAUUGCGUGAAUUUUUUUGGCAGUUCUGAGCAGUUUUUGGUAAAAAGUAAGGCCUACUGUCCACAAAGCUUUUAUUAUAAAACUCUCCUCUGCUCUGUUAAAAAUACUUCUUAAUUAAUUUUAGAUUUUAACAAAAGCGAAAUACCUGAGCCUCAAGGUAUCCAGUUGUUGGUUCACGUCCACAGAUUUGUCUACACGCGGGUCGUGUUAAAUUUGGAAAUAUAAGUUUUAAAAAAAGUAUAGAAAUGUGUUUCUUUACUUAGCAUAAAAAAUACUCACUUUUUCCAGUUUUACUUGACGGUAUGCCAAAUGUUUUAUAUAAAAAUCAAAUUUUAUCAAAUUUAUAAAUUAGUUUGCUAGCUAAAACAUAAUACAUACAUCUAUUCCAUUAAACAGAGAAUCUGUGAUAGUGUGUAAUUAUUUUAUUAAUUUAGAUUCGCUUGUUUUUGUUCAGUGUACACAAUUUAAAAUGUACUAUUGUCUGUUUGCAGAAGAAAUAUGCUGAUAACUCUGAUAAGAACAUGAGUCGAUCUAGUGUUGUGUAAAUUGUAUGUAUGUCAAAGUAACCCUGUACGAAUGAAGUAGUAAUAAGUCGUAUGAAUUUCCCAGCCAACAGUAUUUAUUAGGUGUUCGUGCCUUAUUAAAAAUUUGUAAAAAAAAAUCAACAUAAACUUUAUAGUCCUCUCGAAGUGAGGAGGCCCCUUAAUAGACCUACAUCAAUUUGAACCUCAUGCUGUGAAUAACUAGGCCUGGUUAAGUAUUUUAAACUGAUUAGUACAACUGCAGCUCUGGGGCCAACUUAUAGAUAUUGUUGUUUUAAUUUGACUCAUGAGAAUCGGCCAUUAUAACGACUAUUUCAACAAAGCUGGAUCUUCAUACUGUGUCUCAAAAUUCUUGUAAUUAGGAUUUAAGUUGAUUUCAAAUAUAUUAUAUCGAUUAAAUUUAA